AUGUUCCGCAAGGGAGAAAGGAACCAACUCUGCGAGAUCCGAAGAAGGAAAUCGUCCUCCAACAAGCCGAAGCCCAACACAAAAGCCCAAUCGACACACGAACCGAAAGCCCAAUCAUAUGUGGAUAGGUCCACGCCAUCCACUACCUCAUCCUUGUCAGGAUUCACAACCCUAGCCGACGAGAACAAGAGGCUCAAGCAAGAAAACGGAGUUUUGAGAAAAGAGCUCGAGAUCGUGAAGAGAAAAUCUAAGGAACUACUUGAUUUGGUAGCCAUUUAUAAUGUAGGGGAUAUGGAGAGAGAGGCACACAAGAAUAUGGUUGAUAGAGAGAAAAGAGAAGGGCCAAAGCUUUUUGGAGUAACAUUAUUAUUGGAAGUUGAUGAAGGCAAGAUGGAGGUGAAUAAUAAGAGGAAAAUUGGCUGA